AUGUCCGACGCCCUUGCCGUCCACGCUGCGACCAGCGUCAACGGCAUCCAUCCACCCCUGGGCAUCUCCACCAACACGAACGGGGCACAGCCUUCCUCGGAUAACAUCGACAACGGUGCGCUCAGCAGUGCUCCCGACUCUCCCGUUGUUCUUUCUCCUCCCACCGACGCUGUCUCGCCUGCAGUCAAAAUAGAUAUCGACUACGCGCAACGCGAGUCUGAUGCCCGCCAUGAGCCCCUCACGUUGUCGCUCGGUAAGACAGACGAUGUCUCUGUCCAGGCGCAGCUUGACACACCUGCCGAUCCUGCGUCGAUACCUAUAGCACCACCCAAGGGCACUCCGCCUCCGCCAGCCGGGCAACUACUGGAGGAUGUUCGAAUGGCUGAGCAAGCAACUCCAGCACUAUCAGGCGAGUCACCCGUUGCAGAGGCGAAUGGGAGUAGUGGUAUGAAUGGUGUGAAGCAUGAGGAGAAGAAUGGUGUCAACGGCCACGCUGCUCCUUCGUCUGCGGAUGAUAUGAAUGUAGAUACACCCGUUCCUCCGUCGUCGCGACAGCCCGACGCGCACGAUGCGGUAUUGGACGAUGCCAGUCAACCGCCGCCCGCAAAACGAGCGAGGAAGCUUUCGGAUGCCGAUCAAGCGUCUCUCGCUCAUUCUCCUGCUCCACCCCCGCCGACUACUGUUCUUUCUACCGCUACCGAAGACCGCUCUGCCACGCCGUCACCUUCACAGGAUCGGAAGGCGACUCUGAGUCAGGCACAAUACAGAUUUUGUGUGUCGACAGUACGCAAUUUACGGAAGCUUAAGGACGCGACACCCUUUCUUAAUCCCGUUGAUCCGGUGGCCCUUAACAUCCCCCAUUAUCUGAGUAUUGUAAAACAUCCCAUGGACUUUGCGACCAUUGAUCGCAAACUCGUUGCUUCUAAUCCUGUGAAGCCUGAUAGUAAUCCGGCGAACCCUCGGUACCUUACUGCGGACGAGUUCAUUGCCGACGUGCGGUUAAUGUUCUCGAAUGCUUACACCUUCAACGGGCCAGAACACGUUGUCACUCAAAUGGGGAAGCGUGUUGAAGCUAUAUUCGACAAGCAGAUCAAGCAAUUACCACCACCCGCAGAAGAGCCGAAGCCUCAGGCACCGAAGAAGGCUGCGACUCCCCCUCCUCCACCGCCCCCCGCGAAAAAGGCUCCUGCUGCUCGGCGACCUUCCACUUCUCUUCCUACAAUUCGCAGGUCUGAUACCACGGAGACAGCUAGACCAAAGCGUGAAAUACACCCUCCACCUCCGAAGGAUUUGCCUUAUGCUGAGCCGUCGAAGAAGAUGCGGUCAGUGAGGAAAGCGAAGACGGAUGACGGGACAGAGGAACAGUUAAGAUAUUGCGGCAAGAUCCUCACGGAUUUACACAAAAAGUCACUGUUUACCAUUGCCAGUCCGUUCUAUGAGCCGGUUGAUGCUGUCAAACUCGGGAUUCCCCAUUAUCCCAAAAUCGUGAAAAGGCCGAUGGAUCUGGGCACCAUGAGGAAGAAGCUCGAUAACCGGGAAUAUCCGAAUGCAGCCAAGUUUAAAGAAGAUUUCGCUCUCAUGAUUAGAAACUGCAUGGCGUUCAAUCCGGUUGGCACAGCCGUACAUGAUGCUGGGGUUGAAAUCCAGCGUGUCUUUGAAGAGAAAUGGUCCCAUCUCCCGCCUCUGAAAGUACCAAGCGAAGACGAAGACGAGGAUGAGGACGAAGACAGCGAUGACGAUCGCAUUCGUGCUAUUGCCGACCUGGAGGCUCGGAUUGAGACGAUGAGAGGGAAUUUGGCAGCACUAAAGAAUCAAGCGAAGAAGAAAGUAAAGAAGGAGAAGCGGCCUCCGAAGCGCGCUUCACCACCCGUCGCGUCGACUUCCAAGCCAAACAAUCGGCCAGCCAAGCCGGUGCCCAAGAAGAAGAGUUCAAAGAAGGCCCAAAUCCCCGACGACGAUGUGUUGUCCUUUGACCAGAAAAAGGAUCUGAGCGAGACCAUUCAAAAUCUUGAAGGCGAAAAGUUGGAACGAGUGAUUAAUAUCAUUCACGAAGGUGUUCCAGAAAUUCGCGAUAGUUCUGAAGAGAUCGAGCUCGACAUUGACCAACUUCCUGCACCAGUACUGCUUAAGCUGUACAAUUUUGUAAUCCGGCCGUUGAAGGCGAACAAUAGCAAGCGGUCCCGAACAGGGACGGGGACGGGGACUGGCGGUUUGAAGCGGAAAAGUAUGGAUGAAGACGUCGAGGCCGAGAAGAUUCGGCAGCUGGAGGAGAGGAUGAAGAUGUUCGACAAAAAUGCAGUUGUCAGUUCUGGUGUAAAACACGAGAACGACAGCGAGCAUUCCUCCGAUGACAGUUCUUCGGACAGCUCGGGCAGCGACUCCGAAUGAAGGCCUGUGUUGAUUUUUCGAUUUUCUCCCCGGACGCUUACCCUCCGCGAUGCCGAUUGCAUCAUUAAUGAUUUCUGCCUCAUUCUUCCUUAUUGAUUGUCAUCGUGCCGCAUUUUUAGGCCGUCUUUUCAUUCGCAAUUUUUCGUAUACGUCUUGCCUUUUAUUGUGUCUUGCAACCGCAACUGUGUGCUUAUACUACGUCGAAAGCCAAUUUACUGUCACCACUGUAGCAAAUUAGUUUUAGUACUUUAUGAAA